AUGCAUCAGGAAACCUUGACUGCAAGCUGCCAAGCUGGUUGUUUUUCCCCUUCAUCUCAGCAGCUGAUUCUCGUGAUUCUCAAUACGACCAUUACAAGGCCAUCUCGAGCCCUCUCCCCUGUUCCGCCUCCAUUCCAAUUUCCGGUCCCACCUGCUUCUCCAGCGACAAGGAUUCAUUCACUCGCGUUACGCGUAUCGCAAUUGGGAAUCGGGAGCCGCAAUGCUGCAAUUCAGACGGAUCCUGCUCCGUCAGUGGCAUGCGAGAGCAGCACGCCAUCUGUUUACUCAUUCGUAUUGCUUUCUUUGCUACUUCUUGAUAUUGACCCAUGCGAAACACAUUACGAAGGUGCGGGUCCAGGUCGAUAUGGGCCAGAACUACGAAGCAGACCCACGAACACAACUCAUGACCCAACGACCAAGGAAUCCCACGAAAAAAAAGAACCUUCGCUUUUGAAAGUCCUGUGCUUCAGAACUUAUGGACAGGACACUACUGCGGUUUGGCUAUGAUACAUUACAGUUUUCCAAAAAAAAAACAAAAAAAAAGACAAAGAAACAUGUUUCAUCGUCGUGGUGCUGCUUCCUCCAAUGCUUAUUCUUCUUCUUCGGCCCUGUACGCAAGGAUUGAGAUUGCGAUCCCAGAGACAUCCCACCACAACUUUUCUUAAGCCUUCGGAGUGGUGGCAUUGCGGCAGUUCUGCGGGAGAAUGAUCAAGUCACCAGGGGCAGUCUUGCUGGGGUCAACGGUAGGGUUGAGAGCCUUGAUCUGUCCAACAGUGGCUUUGUAUUUCGUGGCCAAGUCGACGAAUAGGUCACCAGACUUGAUGAUGUAAGAGCCAACCGAGUCGCACCGGCUGUUUGGGCAAACUGUGAUUUUGAGUUGCUGGCCGACUUGGAUGAGAUCUGGGUUUGUGAUGUUGGGGUUGGCGGCGAGGAUGGAGGCGAGGGUGAUGUUGAAGUCCUUGGCGAUGGCGGUCAGAGUGUCACCGGAGCGGAUAUUGUAGGCGUUUGGAAGACCAGCGACGCACGUCGCGGUUGCGUUUGGUGAUGGUGGGGGAAGGCAAGUCGUGUUGUCUGGCUUGGUGCAGUUGAGUGGGAUCUGCAGGGCCUGGCCAUUAAGGAUGAAGUUCGGGUUCGUGAUCUUGUUGUACGCAGCAAUGUCACAAAUUCCGGAGCUGAAGUUCUUGGCGAUGGUCGUGAGACUGUCGCCGGACUUGACGGUGUAGUUGGUGAAGCCGGUAGCGCCGCAGAUGGUCUUGGUCACUGGAGAGCCAGAGCCAGAGCCAGAGCCAGAGCCAGAGCCGGAGCCGGAGCCGGAGCCAGAGCCAGAGCUGGAGCUGGAGCCAGAGCUGGAGCCAGAGCCAGAGCCAGAGCCAGAGCCAGAGCCAGAGCUGGAGCCGGAGCCAGAGCCAGAGCCAGAGCCAGAGCCAGUAGAGCCGUAUGGAUUUGGCGAGCCGUAGCCAGAGCCAGUAGAGCCGUAUGGAUUUGGUGAGCCGUAGCCAGCUGGACUUGAAGGCACUGUUGGUGUUAUUGGGCUCGGUGGAGUUCCGCCACUAGAGCCGUAGCUAGCGGGACUGGGAGGCAAUGAUGGGUUCACUGGGGUCGAUGGAGUAUCUCCAUAGCCAAGUGGAAUGGCAGGCUUUGAUGGGCUUACUGGAGUAAGAUUGGGUGGUGAUGAUGAACCAUAGCCAGCUGGACUGUCAGGGAUUGACGGGCUUGCUGGGCUCGGUGGAGUUCCGCCGUAGGUAGAGGGGCCGGAUGGGCUUGCUGGGCUCGGUGGAGUUCCGCCGUAUGUAGAGGGGCCGGAUGGGCUUUUUGGAUUCCCGUUAUCAUCACGGACCUUGACAACUGGGCCCGCGAAGACUGAGGCGCUGAAGAGCGCGGCGAUCAAAGUUGCAGUGUGCAUGGUGAUGAAGGUGAGCUCCGCUCGAUCGAAAGAAUAUGCCGAUAUGCCGGCAAGGAUUUAUUGCUGGUUGUCUUGUGCGAUUUUGCGUGAAUGAAGUGUGUUGUUGGUUAAUGAGUGACAGGUAACGAAUGAC